UCCUGAACGUAUAGUCACAAUGCCCAACACCUAUGGGGCUCCAAAAUGAUGUAUUUCACCAUAAUUCACGCCUAGACAGCCAACCUAGACGCCAUUAUGGACUAAAAAGGAUUCUUAACUGCACAUUGGAAGGGACUCAUUCCGCUAAGAACCCGCAAUAAGCGAGUUUUUGGACCGGGAAUAGAGGCGAGUCGUGAGGGAAAAUCAUGGCGACUCCACAAGGCAAAACGUCCGUGAACAGCAAGCCUGUCGUGCAAGCGCAGCCCGUGAAACCGGGCGGUGCGGCCCCGGCACCGGUCACCUCAAAACCCGCUACACCGGCCCUCCCUGAGCUCGAUUUAUCACACCUUUCCGAGGAAGAACGACGACAAAUACAAGCUGUUUUGGACAGGCAAAAGCAGGAGGAGGAGAGAGAGGCUAAAUUAAUACGAGCCUUAAAAGAUGAUCUUGACCGCGUCCAGCAGACAACUCAAGCUGUUGCCGUGGAGAGCAAGACAAAAGGCGUUCCUCAAAACGGAGCGGUUUGCCAAAUCUGUCACAAGACCAAGUUUGCUGAUGGCGUUGGUCAUUCGUGUAGCUACUGCAAUCUGAAAUCAUGUGCACGGUGCGGAGGUCGAGUUACACUGAGAUCAAAUAAGCCGCCAGAAAAAGUCACCCCCGCGGUGCGACCAAAGGUUCUAUGGGUCUGUAAACUAUGUCGCAAGAAGCAGGAAUUCCUGACAAAGACAGGCCAGUGGUAUCAUGGUCGCCAGGGAAAACCUCAGUCAUUAAACAUCGAUGCUGCAGCAAUGUCGGCAGACGGCAACAGCAAACCCUCCACUCAACAAUCCUCUAAAGAUGGUAGUCAACAACUUAUCAAACCCCAGUCGGAACAAACUAUACACAGUGCUAAACCUAAUAACAAUAACAACAAGGAGAACUUGGGAGGUGUGCAGCCGCCACGGUCACGUUCGACAACACCACACAGUCAACUUACAAGACAGUUAUCUAAGAAUGAGGAAGAAGGCCCUACAACUAACUCGAAACCUGGACAUAGACCUCAUAGUAGAGAAGGUGGUAAAAGACCAGGUCAUGAUGUUGAAAGAACGCAUAAUGCUAGAAACGACCCAAAUUAUGAUCCGUCAAAUGAUGGGCAUUUUCAAGAUCGGAGGAGAGAGUCUAGAUACUCAAUGCGUGAUCGGACUCCAGACCGGGACCGUUCUACGAGCAGUGAGCGUACCACGAUGACAGAGCGCCAUGGACGAGAUCCAGCCAAGUAUAGUGGGCGCGAGAAGCAGUACGGUCCUGACCGUGAACACUUUACCGAGCAAGAGCCUCGUCGAUUUCAAAACCAAGAUCAUUUUAGGGAUCACGGGCGAUAUGUUGAACAUGAACGGGAGCGUUACGGUCAUGGAUAUGAAAACCAAGACCGUCGUGGAUAUCCGGAUGAUAGGUAUUAUUCAGCAGAUCACGAGCGAGGGCGCCAUUACUCGAAAGAGCCACUGACGCGACAAGUGAGCGGGAGAACUUUAGAUCGUCAGCGGAGGAUGUACGGAGAUGAGCCGCCUUCUCCUCACUAUCCACAUGAACGGUAUCCGGAGCAUGCUGGCUCUGAUCGGGAAAGAAGGGACGUUGAUCAAAGAGAAAUCGACAGGAGGGAAUUAACCGAUCAUCGGGACAUGGAUCGCAGGGAUGUACCAGAACGUCGCGAAGGUGUCGGUGCUCAAAUUGAACCCCGUGAAUUCGAACGUCAUCCGAGUGAGCGUAGGAUAUCGCGCGCUCGGCGAGACCGAGAACGGAGCCCAGGGGAUCCCAAACGGACAUCUCCUAGGAACGAUGAGAGAUACAGUGAAGAAUACCGGCGCGGUGCUCCGCAAUAUCCCCCGGAAGUUGUGUCUCAGAAACGACCAAGCAGCUCUCCGCGGCACAGUAUCACCGUGGAGGAUGUUGACGCACAACGUGAACGUCUUCUCCUGGCCGAGUCCUAUGGUGCUGCGAGUCGGAUUCCGGAGUUAGGCCCCAAGCAACAUUUAGACCCCAGCUCUGCCGCGAUGAAGGCUAACAAACAGGAGACGAGGAACAACAAAGCGGACUCGAUGAUUAGGAAUGAUUCCUUGAGUUCAGAUCAAAGUGAGUGUGUUCGACCACCACCCCCUAAGCCUCAUAAGACCAAGAUAUCACGCAAGAGGAGGCAGUUCUCACUCAGUAGUUCGGAGGAGGAGAUUCGGUCGACACCAGAGUACACCAGCUGCGAGGAAGGAGAAAUCGAGAGUGAAAGUGUCAGUGAAAGAGGUUCUGGUGAACUUGAGAUAGGGACCAGUGGUGCUAACAGCAGCAAGGAUAAGACCAUGCAUGGUAGCCGUGGCGCCCAUGUGGACCAUGGCGACCACCAUUCCGAAUCUGAGAUCGCGAGUUCGGCCAAAAAGAAAAUAGUUCGGUUUGGCCGGGGGGAGGGCCGUUCCAUGGAGGAAGACACAGAAUGGUCGGAGCCUCAAAUUAAAGACUCUGGGGUGGAUACUGGUAGCAGUACAACACUAAAUGAGGAGCACAACCUUGUUCCCAAGCACCCGGUCACAUGGGCAGCUGACCUUGACAACAACAGAUUCAUCGGUCACAUGAUACUGAAGAAGAGCCAGGGAGACACAAUGACACCUCAGGAUUCCAGCGCAAUUUUGGGGUUACAGGUCAAAGGUGGCAAGAUGAAGGAAGCCGGCAAGCUCGGAGCGUUCAUCUCAAAGGUCAAGCGAGGGAGCAUUGCGGACACUGUUGGUCAUCUACGAGCAGGUGACGAGGUACUCUCCUGGAACGGACAAAACCUACAAGGGAAAGAUUUCAAUGAAGUCUACACCGUCAUCUUUGAGUCUAAGAGCGAACCUCAGGUGGAACUGUAUGUGGCUAGACCAAUGGGGAGUGACACAGACCAGACGACAAGAGAGAAGAUCGCUCAGCAAUUCCGAUCCAAUCGGCCAGAUUCCAUCACUAAACGAUCAAGUCAAAGUGUUUCUGUUUGUGCCUGUACAGGCUCCAGUGGCUAUGAGUCCACAACUAAACACAAAGAAGAAGAAGAGAUACCACCUCAGGUACGACAUAAGAGACCCUCAGUGACCAUCACAUCACCGGGUAGUCCUGGUAUGACUAGACGUAAUGGAUCACCGCUGGUUCAUGGAGAGCUACAGAUGAAGUUGUGGUACGACAAUGCUAGCUACCAGAUAGGUGUAACAAUACUCAGUAUACAAGGACUACAGCCGAGAGAGAAGACUGGAGACCUGCGGAAUCCUUAUAUUAAGAUGUACCUACUUCCAGAUAGGAGCGAUGAGAGUAAAAGACGCACUAAAACUCUCCACAAAACUCUCAAUCCCAAGUGGAACCAGACCUUCCUGUAUGGGCCGCUCAAGAGGUCAGAGUUCAAAGGUAACACGCUGGAGGUCACGGUCUGGGACUUUGAACACUAUGGUGCUAAAGAAUUUAUGGGGGAGGUGAUGUUAAAUCUUGAGAACUCCCCAUUGGACGAUGAGCCUCACUUGUACGCACUCCGUAGCCACAAUAAGCAAGUCCCUCUUCCCUUGGCUUCCCCGGUACCCGCCCGCCAUCAGAUGAAACACUCACAUCGUAACAGCGACACAGGGAGCAGGGAGCAGAUAUCAUCACCAGCCUCCGUCGGCCGAGUCACGGAUAGCGAGUUCUCGGACUACGACGAUGGUAUUGGUGUUGUGACAGGAUCAUCUGUUGUUGGCGUCGGUGAUGGUGCCUCUUCGCUUGGUGAGCGUUGCUGUACGCCACCAGUGAACGAAGGCUCUUCUGUUGUUGGGGUUGGAGACGGUGCAAGUGUUUCAUCUCUUGGUAGUAGUUGCAGUCCACCACCGGCGAGCGAAGAUGAUAGGCCACUCAAUGAUCAAGACUACCCAAGAUCACCCACGGCUCAACGACGUUCUGGUAUUGUGAUACCACCUCAGCCAGAGGAACUAUCUUCCCAUCGAAGAGAACGUCGAGGCUCGGCAACGACUCUAGCUGUCCCAGAGAGGGCGUCGAGAAGUCGCCCUCGUAGCCCCUCACCAACCAGACGAGAGCGCGAACGCAUGAGCACCGAACCUGUAGAUGUUUAUAAUAAGCACCAAGAUAUGCCAUCCAGGUUUGCUAAUUAUGCCGAUGAGAAUGUCAGACAGAAUAGACAAUCACCGCCGGUUAGAAAUCAACGAGAUCUUGACCGGAGAGAACGGGAUCGAGAUGGUCGGGAUCAAAGAGAUUCGAGAGAUUCGAGGGAUCCAAGAGAUCCGAGAGAUUUGCGAGAGCCAAGAGAUUCUCGCGAUCAACGAGAUUCCAGAGAUCUAGAUUCAAGAGAUUCAAGAGAUUCAAGAGAUUCAAGAGAUUCUCGUGAUUCAAGGGAUAUGCUUGAUCACCAACCUGGCAGUAUGGACCUUCACAACCGACGGGAGCCACUUGAUCAGGAGCUGAUAGAACGUGAGAUGCGCGACUCGCGGGAUCGAUCCCACCGAGCUCUAUCUCCGCCCGAUGGGUACGAUUACGAUCGACGGAGCGGAAGGCGAUCACGUUCUCCCAGCAGGCGUGGAGAUGUUCAUCACAAUGACCCGCAUCGGAGAACUAGGUCAGAGGCCAGAGGUGAAUUGGACUAUGACAGACAGUACAGGUCACAUGCGCGUCCAGUAACGUCAAACAUCGAUGCUUCCAGUCUGCCAAACUCUCCAGUCCAUGGUGGUAGAGGGAGCCCUUUAUCGACGCCUUCCACACCGAGAAAGCAUAGACAGUUGCCACAAGUUCCAGCUCAUCUCAAAUCAGAUAAAGGCACGGCUGAGUUAGAAGAGCGAGCCCGCCAGAUUAAACAGAAGAUGAAGUUAAACCAGUACAAGCAAGCAGUGUCGGCAAACACUCUCUCCCCUCAUGGAUCAGUCUCUACAACAUCGGGAGGACCGAUCCUAGAAGCCCCGCCUCACCCUCGCAGGAAGCAAAGCCCUGAUAAUAUCUCCAUUAAGUCAUCGGACAGUAACGUGUCGAGUACGAGUGAUGUGUCAGCGAUUACUCAAGCCAGCACAGCGAGUGCUUUCUCUACUCAGUCAGAGAGGCGGCCUACAAGAAAACUGAGUGCCUUUACUGCUAAAAUGCAAGAGACUGCCCCUCUGAAGAAACCAUUGAACCGAAGUAAUAGUAGUGCUGAUAUGUACAUGUACGAUCGCAACGAGGGCAGUAUAUCGGACUCGGCUGCGGAGACUAACUUACAGGAGGGGAAGAAACGACGAGCGAGCAUCGGCUACAAAAUGGCAUCUUUAGUCGGUCUGUCUAAGAAAAGUAACAGUACUUCAAAUUUAGCAGGCAAGAAACCACGGAGUAGCAUAGUGCGUAGUGAAGAAGUGGGCUUCGCUGCUGAGAUGAGAAACCGUCUACAGAAACAAGCAAGCCGGGAAAGCACUGAUGGGAGUGUAUGUAGCUUCAGCAGUGACAGCUCUAGCCAGUUGUGGUUACCAGGUAACUUCCGUAUGGGUCCUGAGGGGCAGUUUGACGGGUUCCUUGAAGGACUAGGACCAGCUCAGCUCGUUGGUCGUCAAGUCUUAGGGUCACCCUGUCUGGGAGAUAUCCAGAUCGGACUGGAAGAUAAACGUGGCUUGCUAGAAGUUGAAGUCAUCCGAGCAAGAGGAUUGAUGUCAAAGUCAUCCUCCAAAUUGUUACCUGCUCCUUACGUCAAGGUGUACCUUAUGGAUGGAAAACGUUGCGUUGGUAAAAAGAAAACCAAGAUUGCGAGACGGACUCUAGACCCACUCUAUCAACAGGUGCUACAGUUUGAAGAAGACUAUCACAACAAAAUACUACAGAUCACUGUAUGGGCAGACUUUGGUAGAAUGGAGCGAAAGGUCUUCAUGGGUGUGGCUCAAAUCAUGCUUGACGACCUGGAUCUGUCUCAUCCGAGUAUUGGUUAUUAUAAACUCUUCAAUACGUCAUCCCUAGCUGAACUACACGGCCAUCGAGCAUCUAUCUCAUCAUUAGAAGGAUCCAUGACAUCACUGGCUAGUGCUAAGUAACCUAGUUUUAUAACUAGUUAACUAAAUCACCAUUUAGUUAGCUAAACCACCAGUGUUGAAUAACCAAGUUUAUUUUAGGAUCCAUGACAUCGGUGGCUAGUGCUAAGUAACUUGGUUUUAUAACUAGUAUAACUAAACCACCAGCGUUAAAAAUGGUUCAUGGAGGAUCAUGACAUACCUAAAUAGUGCUUAGUAACCUGGUUUUGUAACUAAACCAUCAACUAGAUUUCUAAACCACUGGUGUUGAAUAACCAAGUUCAUUUUGAGAUCCAUGACAUCCCUGGCUUAUGCUAAGUAACUUGGUUUUAUAACUAUGUACUUAAGUAAACCACCAGCAAUGAAUAAGGUUCAAAGAGGAUCCAUGACAUCACAGGCUAGUACUAAGUAACCUGGUUUAUAAACAUGGUCAUUCUAGUUAACCAACUAGUGAUUUAUUCACUGUUUGCUCUGGUUAAUUUAUAUUAUCAUCCUGGUUAUUCCCAGUGGUAAGUUAACUAGUUGACACUGGUUAACUAAACUACUCUGAGCAUGUAAAAGAGUUUCUGCUUAACAGAGUUCAUAACCUGGUUUACUUUAUUUUAAAAAUACCAGAGCCUGUGAAAAAAUACCCGGUGACUUCUGGAAUUGAACUGUUAUGGUCACAGAUCACUUAUAUAACUGACAAACCUGGUUAAAAAAUUAACCUUUGGCACAUCACCCAUUAUAUGCAUUGCUCAUGACAAAAAUGGGUGGUUCAUCACACCCAGUUAAACCUUGUUAAAUAACUCUUGGAAGAUGGAACAAUACUUGCUUUGCUGAAUUCACUGAUUAUUCUGGUUAAGAAACUCUGUGUUCACAUCACGUCAUCACUAACAACCCUCGCUAGUGUCGCAGGUUUACCAUGACAAGGUUAUUUUUUACAUGCAAUGACUUCAACGUGCACUGCACAAAAGCACACAGGCCGUUGGACUCCCAAAUUGGCACAACUAAGAUUUAUGCAGGUGAUGACAUCAGGGCCCAAUUUGAAGGCUCUGCUUCCCAUUGAAUUUGGCUUGAUCAUAACUCCUGGAAGUGUGACUUUGAAAUAUCCAACUGUAUUUGAUAUUUUGAUUAGUCUUUUGGUUGACCCGUUCGUUUUUACACAGAGAGCACAAUCAAAAGAUAGAGCAACUGGUCCCCUCAUUCUUCCUUGAUCAUAUGACAUGUCUAACUGGGUUAGGGUGACCAUUGAAAAACAUAACUCAUUUAAAGUGAAAAUCCUUGCAUUUUGACAUGUCUGUAUUAAGCACCCCACAAGUGCCCUACAGGUGUUGCAAAGUUUUCAAUAAGGGUGCGCGCGGAGUAGUCAUUUUCUGAUAGCCAGUGUUAUUCAGUGCUACUCUUCCAGGGGUUAGUAACUAGAGGUAUCAAUCUGGUGCUGUCCAUGGUAGCAAGGUUAUGCAGUUUGUCACUGAACCUUUUCUUUGGUGUUAAUCUGCUGAGCUUCAUCACUGUGUAUUGACCCCUUGCAGGCACCUCACACGCGGCGACUGUGCCACGCUUACCAUUUUGUUGGUCAAUAGGUUUACGUGUAAAUGCCUCGUCGCCUAAAAUAAGCACUUCACUGAAUAACGCGCAGUGACAUUGCCCAACAGUAUGGCACAUCAAAGAUUAUUCUGAUGAUGAAGUCAGGUGAACUUGGUCAAUAAGGGUUCUAGUCAGAGAGAUCUUAACACACAAGAAUCAUGUCUCAACAUGAAGUUUGAACGCUGAUAUCUCACAAUAUGUAAAUAUUAAGUAGCACUCAUCAUACAUAUUCAUUUAUGCAUGGUAUUCAAAUUUUCUAGUUGUCCAAUCACAGUCAGGCAUGUAAUCGAAAAACAAAUGAAAAAGUGAGUUAGUGGAAGAAAAAAAAGAUAUCUUUUAAAUAAUGUACCAUUUCUUUGUAAAAUAGUGAAGGAAAAAACACACUGCAAUACAUCUAUGACUCUAUGACCUUACUUUGCCUUUUGUCAUAAUAAAAAAAAAGUAUAUAUAAAUCGUUCAAAUAUUAGUAAAAAUGUCAAGUAUGCGUUGAAUUUUACCCACCAAACGUGAGAGAUAGUUGGUAUACAAGUAUGCGAGAACAGAUGAAUGAUUUCAUGAUAGAAUUUAUGUACAGAAAUAAUCGUUUUUUCAUGUCUUUCAACUUAUUUGUGCAAAGGGUUUGUGGAAAGGAUACUGUGUGAUCUUCGCUCUAGUUGGCUAUCAGCACUCCGCUCUACUUCUCCACUUUGUUUGCAGUAUUCUUUGUAAAUUUUAAAAAUAUGAAUAUUUAUUCAAAUUUAUUCAAAUUUAUCACUACCCCUGAGUGACAGGAGAUGUGCAUGAACACUCAUGUUGCAUGUUGCACUAAGCUGUUUUGAAUUGCUUAGCGUUUAUUAUUUCAGCAAACUAAACAAAAAUGGUUAUAUUUUGGGUAAUCAAUUUGAAAACCACUUCGGAAUUGAAGAUCCCAAAAAAAUUCUGAGUUAAAGUUUUGAAAUAUUCGAAGGGGGACAGUUCUGAUUUGAGAUUUUUUCAAUUUCUUCAAUUUCUUGAAGUGUUUUACCAAAUACUUUUUUGAGCACAUUUCUACAUAACCAGACAAAACUUUAUGCCAAAUUAAAAAAUAAAACAUACAUACGAUCUUGACCAGAUUAAUGCAUACAAUUUUGGUUUUAUUUUCUACUAUAAUGUCAUUAGUAUUUACUGGUUUCACAUAUUUAUUCUAAGUAUUUGAAUUUUAAUCUUUUUAAAAUCUCUUUUACCAGUACUUAGUAAGGAAAUAAUUAUCUACAUUCGUAAUAUUGUAUACCUAUCUAAUACCCAGGGCCCAAUUUCUUAAAGCUUUUAAGCAGAAAAUACUGCUUAGCAAUUUGCUAAGUAAAACAUGACCGGGCACCAGUCGCAACAAUGUAAACUUUGUGGAAUUUUGGCUGAGGACCUGUAUCUGCUAAGCAAAUUUUUUUCUGUGCUUAGCAAGUUUUUGUGCACACAGGCUUUAUAAGAUUAGGCCCAGAGAUUUUACCUUGUUCAUACCCAACUAAAUUGACGCACAAUUUAAAGACACUGGACACCUUUGGUAAUUGUCAAAGACCAGUCUUCGCACUUGGUGUAUCUCA